AUGACAGUGAUCGGCUGUUCUUCCCAUGAUGUCAUCGAUGGAGAAGUUGGGCAGGAAGGGUUCUGUCAUAGCCCUUGCCUUAUUCCAGCUACCACAUCAAAUGGUGCUGUUAAUCCGCAGUUCAGCGUAACGAAACAGAUAGUUGUUGCCAAAGAUUCUAUACGAUUCCCAGGACAGUUGACCUUUCACGUUAUGGGCAUUGGCGAUAUGCUGGACGACAGACCUUUCCCGCAAUAUGCAGGAAUCUUGCAUCACAUAGCUGUAGUUCCGCCAUAUCUGCAUGAACCGUUUGCUGAACUGGAGAAACACGCAUCAGGUGUCGCCCUAUCAUCAGUAUCGACAACUGCACCAUCUACUGCGCCUAUCCUGAUGAAAGAAACGAACGAGGCUGCGCAAUAA